UACAUGAUCAUCUCAAAUUACAUCGUCCUAUCCUUACUUUACGCAUGUUAUACGACCGAUCGUAAAAUUGAACUAAUAAUGUCGUUAGCGCUUGGAAUGUGCGAAACGCCUGGUUGUAACGCUGUCGCAAGUCUUCAAUGUCCAACUUGCUUGAAAAUCGGUAUCCAGGGUUCAUAUUUUUGCAGUCAAGAUUGUUUCAAAGGAAGUUGGAAAGCACAUAAAGUUAUUCAUCAGUUAGCAAAAGGAGAAAAUGGAAAUAAAGUUUCCGACUCUUAUAAUCCUUGGCCAACCUACAAUUAUACGGGAAAAUUACGGCCAUACAAAAAGGAACAACGUAGAGAAGUUCCAGAUUGCAUCAAUCGACCAGAUUAUGCCUUGCAUCCGACUGGAGUACCACUUAGCGAACAAGCUGUCAGAGGUUCUGGUCAAAUCAAAAUUCUCGACGAUGAGGAAAUUGAAGGCAUGAGAGUUGCAUGCAAGCUUGGUCGAGAAGUGUUAGAUGAAGCUGCAAAGACAUGCGAUGUUGGUGUUACAACUGCUGAAAUUGAUAGAAUUGUGCAUGAAGCUUGUAUCGAAAGGGAUUGCUAUCCAUCGCCAUUAAAUUAUUAUCAGUUUCCUGCUAGCUGUUGUACUUCUGUUAAUGAAGUGAUUUGUCAUGGUAUACCUGAUACCCGACCUCUGCAGGAUGGCGAUAUUUGUAAUGUUGAUGUUACUGUAUAUCACAAUGGUUUUCAUGGAGAUUUAAACGAGACCUUUUUACUGGGCAAUGUAAAACCAGAAAUAAGGAAAUUAGUGGAAGUGACAUAUGAAUGUUUGUCUAAAGCUAUCGAUAUUGUGAAACCUGGUGAAAAAUAUCGAGAAAUUGGUAAUGUCAUUCAAAAACAUUCACAGGCGCAUGGUUUCAGUGUAGUUCGUAGUUAUUGCGGUCAUGGAAUUCACCGUUUAUUUCAUACCGCGCCAAACGUACCCCAUUAUGCUAAAAACAAAGCAAUAGGUGUUAUGAAGCCAGGGCACUGUUUCACAAUCGAGCCAAUGAUAUCUCAGGGCACAUGGAAGGAUGAAACAUGGCCUGAUAAUUGGACUGCUGUUACAUUAGACGGUCAGUGGUCGGCACAAUUUGAGCAUACACUUUUAGUAACAGAAACUGGUUGUGACAUUCUCACAAAACGGCUUGCAAAUAAUGGUAUUCUCUGACGAGAAGGAGCGCCAAUAUGGAUGGUAUUCCCCAUGGAUAUUCGGUGAUUGAUGGGCCGAGGCUUUUUCAGUAUCAGUGUAGACGCGUAUGGUGGAGAUGACGGUCUCCUAAUCUUACUUUUCGCCUCAGAAAUACAGAUGCACGUGGCAAGAAGCCAGCAAAUCCAAUUAGCCGUCUAUAAUUUUCGAAGCGCAUGAUCAUGGAAUGAUUCUACCUUGUCUCGAAAGAUUCCAGAGAGAAAGAGAGAGAGAGAGAGAGAGAGAGAGAGAGAGAGAGAAAGAGAGAACGAGAUUGCAAAGUCAAAUUGUCAAGAAGUUGAAUAAAAAACGAAAUAAGACAGUA